AAAUCAGUCGGUCGACGCUUUCGGGUUGGGGGACGAACUUCACAAAAAGCUGUCUCCAAGUCGCUGUUUUCGCUAUCUGCAGGCAGCUUGAGCUCUCCGCCCUCUCCCCAGUCGCCCCGCCGCCGCGGCCUCCUUGCUGCCUGCGUCCGCUUUCGUCCUCCGUCUCCUCCUCGUCUUCCCCGCUCCGAGGAUGGAGGAGCCGCCGCGGUACAAGUUCGGGCCGUAUAAGAUCGACGCGAGGGAGGUCUUCCACGCCACGCCCCUCUCGUACGCCAUGGUCAACCUCCGCCCCCUCCUCCCUGGUCAUGUCCUUGUGUGCCCCAAGCGCGAGGUGAAACGAUUUGCUGAUCUAAGUUCUGAUGAGACUGGUGAUUUGUGGGUAAUUGCAAAGGAAGUUGGUGCAAAGCUCGAGCAGUACCACAAAGCUUCCUCCAUCACAUUCGCGAUUCAGGAUGGUCCUCAGGCUGGCCAAACAGUUGCCCAUGUACACAUCCACGUCAUCCCCAGGAAGAAAGGAGAUUUUGAGAAGAACGAUGAAAUAUAUGAUGCGAUUGAGGUGAAAGAGAAGGAAAUGAAGGAGAAGCUUGACCUAGACGUCGAAAGAAAAGAUAGAAGCAUGGAAGAAAUGGCUCAUGAGGCCACCGAGUACCGCGCUCUUUUCUUCUAGCCAGACAAAUGUAUCUCUGAUGAACUCUCUAAUUUUCUGCCACUCUUGCCUAAAACUAGCCUUACGAUUGUUUGUCCUUGAUUGCGCGGUGUGGUUCGUAUUGUCCACGGACCUGGCAGCACCAGUCCAAAUCUGAUGUAGUGAUAUUGCAAGACCGCUUGUUCAUCGCGCUGGUUAUUCUUCGUUGCGUGACUACCGAACUUAUUUUCUUGUUCCCCACUGAUCUUCCUUUUGGAAAGGGGAGGAAAGGAAAAGAUUUGAGCUUA